GUUACGAAAAUUAAAGAUGGCGACGGGCCGUCGCUCCAUGCUCCAAAAUGAACCAAGUUCUCCGUCUCACAACGAUCCAGGUCGAGAUUUAUUUGAAGCUUGUAGAAAUGGAGAUUUGAACAAAGUAAAGAAACUAGUUAACCACCAUAAUGUGAACGCGAAGGAUACUGCUGGAAGAAAGUCAACCCCUCUUCAUUUCGCUGCAGGAUUUGGACGGAAGGACGUUGUUGAGCAUUUAUUGGAGUGUGGAGCAAACGUCCAUGCUAAGGACGAUGGCGGACUCAUAUCUCUGCACAAUGCAUGUUCAUUCGGACAUGCAGAAGUGGUACAGCUGCUAUUACGCAAUGGGGGUGAUGCCAACGCGCGUGACAACUGGAACUACACGCCUCUUCACGAGGCUGCAAUCAAAGGGAAAAUAGAUGUUUGUAUUGUGCUUCUACAACACUUUGCUGACCCCAACAUCCGUAACACUGAUGGCAAGAUGGCAGUUGACCUGGCUGACCCUUCCGCCAAGGCUGUACUCACAGGUGAGUACAAGAAGGAUGAGUUACUGGAGGCGGCUCGCAGUGGAAAUGAGGACAAACUCAUGUCCCUCCUCACCCCCCUCAAUGUCAACUGUCACGCCAGCGACGGACGCAAGUCGACGCCCCUACACCUAGCAGCGGGCUAUAACAGAACUCGUAUUGUAGCACUCCUGUUACAACAUGGUGCUGACGUCCACGCCAAAGACAAGGGAGGCCUUGUGCCACUUCACAAUGCCUGCUCUUAUGGCCAUUUUGAAGUCACAGAAACACUGCUCAAAGCUGGAGCGAGUGUCAAUGCCAUGGACCUGUGGCAGUUUACUCCCCUCCAUGAGGCCGCAUCAAAAUCCCGUGUGGAAGUGUGCUCCCUCCUCAUUGCCCACGGGGCCGACCCUACCCUUGUCAACUGUCACUCCAAAAGUGCUAUAGACGUAGCCCCGACCAGGGAGCUGCAGGAGAGACUACAGUAUGAGUUCAAAGGUCACUCGUUACUGGAGGGAUGUCGUCAGGCAGACCUGACGAGGGUUAAGAAAUACAUAGAAGUAGUCAACAUCAAACACCCGUACUCUGGCGACACGGCCUUGCACUGUGCCGCCUCUUCCCCAUUCCCAAAGAGAAAACAGGUAGUGGAGCUCCUGAUACGAAAGGGAGCUAACCUCAAUGAUAAAAACAAGGAUUAUGUCACCCCCCUACACAUAGCAGCCGACAAGGCACACUACGAUGUCAUGGACGUCCUUCUGAAGCAUGGAGCUAAGGUAAAUGCACUGGACAGCCUAGGACAGACAGCGUUACAUCGAGUGGCACAGCAGGGCAACAUGCAGGCGUGUCGCCUACUCAUGUCCUAUGGGGUAGACCCUGCCAUUGUCUCUCUCCAGGGAUACAUGGCCGCCCAGCUGGCCACAGAAAACAUCCAGAAGAUGCUUAAAGAAGACCCCCCAGUGGGAGGAACAGACGUGGACAUACAACUGCUGGAGGCUGCCAAAGCUGGGGAUAUUGAGGUUAUCAAGAAACUUGUUUCGGCCAAUCCCCAGUCUGUGAACUGUCGAGACCUUGAUGGCCGACACUCCACACCUCUCCACUUUGCUGCUGGAUACAACCGAGUUGGUGUAGUGGAGUUUUUCCUACAGCACGGUGCUGAUGUACAUGCCAAGGACAAAGGUGGUCUGGUGCCGUUACACAAUGCCUGUAGUUAUGGACACUUCGAAGUCACAGAACUUCUCAUUAAUCAUGGUGCUUGUGUCAAUGUUGCUGAUCUAUGGAAAUUCACACCAUUGCACGAAGCAGCAGCCAAAGGAAAAUUUGAGAUCUGUAAACUUCUCCUCAAGCAUGGUGCUGAUGCCAACAAGAAGAAUCGAGACGGCAACACACCACUUGAUCUAGUCAAAGAUGGAGACCAGGACGUCGCCGAUCUGCUACGAGGUGAUGCAGCUUUACUGGAAGCAGCAAAGAAGGGUAAUCUGGCUCGUGUGCAAAAACUAGCCUCACAGGAAAAUAUAAACUGUCGUGAUACACAAGGACGCAACUCAACUCCUCUACAUCUCGCAGCUGGCUACAACAAUGUGGAGGUGGCAGAGUUUUUACUAGAGAAUGGCGCAGAUGUAAACGCCCAGGACAAAGGAGGUCUCAUACCCCUCCAUAAUGCUUCUUCUUAUGGGCACGUAGAUAUAGCAGCCCUGCUGAUUAAGUUUAACACGUGUGUGAACGCUGUAGACCGGUGGGGAUUUACACCACUUCACGAAGCAGCACAGAAAGGUCGUACACAACUCUGCGCUCUGUUGCUUGCCCAUGGAGCAGACCCAACAAUGAAGAAUCAAGAGGGACAAACACCAUUAGAUCUUGCAACGGCGGACGACGUGAAUGCUCUGAUACAGGAUGCCAUGCCGCCGACCACCCAGCCCCCGACUCUGCCAAAGUCACAGGUGACCAGUAACACCACCAACACAAGUAGUGCUAGUAGUUCGUCAAAUAACAGUUCAAUGUUUAAUGGUACCAAUGACAAUGGGACAGGGAUGUCGUCACUGGGAGCUACGGGAGGAAUUACCCUUCCAGUGUCGCCACAGGUGGGAGAUGGCGCGAUGGAGCGAACCAUGGCUGAGGGAGAGCGUAGCAUAGAAGGCGUUAGUGUGUCCUCAUUCUUAACCUCAAUCGGACUCGAUCAGUUACGAGAUAUUUUUGAGAAAGAACAAAUUACAAUGGACAUUCUUGUGGAAAUGGGCCAUGAUGAACUUAAGGACAUAGGUAUUAAUGCCUAUGGCCAUCGGCACAAGAUUCUCAAAGGUGUGGAGAAACUCAUCUCCGGGAAUAAAGGUCAGCCGUCCCUAUUGGCAGCUGUCCCCCACCAAGGGACAGUCCUCGUCGACCUACAGCCAGACGACCCCGAGUACAUUUCUGUUGAUGAACAGAUGCAAAGUACGAUACGAGAACAUAAAGAAAAUGUCGGAGGAACUUUUAAUCGUUAUAGUAUUAAUAAGAUCCAGAAGAUAAGUAAUAAGCGCCUUUGGGGUAGAUACUGUCAUCGGCGGAAAGAAGUGUCGGAGGAAAACCAUGGCCAUGAGAACGAGCGACUGCUGUUCCACGGCUCGCCUUUCAUCAACGCAAUUGUACACAAAGGCUUCGAUGAGCGACAUGCUUACAUUGGAGGCAUGUUUGGAGCAGGUAUCUACUUUGCGGAGAACUCGUCUAAGAGUAACCAGUAUGUGUACGGUAUAGGAGGAGGUACUGGCUGUCCUCUCCACAAGGACCGCUCCUGCUACAUCUGUCAUAGACAACUCCUGCUGUGUCGCGUGACACUUGGGAAGUCUUUUCUACAGUUCAGUGCAAUAAAGAUGGCACACUCUCCGCCUGGUCAUCAUUCUAUCAUUGGCCGACCCAGCAGUGGGGGCCUCAUGUACCCGGAGUACGUAGUGUACAGGGGGGAACAGGCCUACCCUGAGUAUCUCAUCAGCUUCCAAAUUCUGAAGCCGGAGAGUCCGGAAUCAUCGACCACAGCUACCCCAAAGAAACCAUAGACAUGGAAACAACUGUUACAAUUAAUUGUAGACAGUUAAACGUGUGACUCAUCAUGACAUUUCUUCUGUCACAUUCAACCUAGACAAGCUAGGACACACCUGUCAAAGCAAACUAUAGAAAUACACACAACUGUCAUCACAGGCAACUGUCAUCACAGACUACUGUCAUCACAGACAACUGUCAUCACAGACAACCGUCAUCACAGACAACUUUCAUCACAGACAACUGUCAUCACAGACAACUUUCAUCACAGACUACUGUCAUCACAGACAACUGUCUUUUGAAGCAAAACCAGCUUGUUAACAGAAUCAUGACCCUUACUUGGGAAAGCCCUGCACUGUUACUAUCAGAGUAGUAGCUUCUACAGACAUGCUUCAAGGAAAAUCAGGCACCUUUGUUAUUUAUGUGUUUAUUUUUUCUACAUGUAAAUUGAUGAAUUUUCAUAAACAAAGCGACUAAAACAGGAUUUGAAACCAGCCAGUUGACUGAAGGGAGAAACACUACACACUUCAGAUUGAUUGUCUAAGUUCUGUCAUCACAGACACGUUAACUUAUAAGAGUAUGUCCAUCAUAAUUAUGUACAUGUAUUGAUAUUUCCCGGUAAAAAUCAUAGCAAAAAUUUCUUUAGCAGAGUUAUUUUCAGUUUUGUACUUAUCUUUUUUUUUACGUAGAAAUGCAUUGUUUUAAAGAGGAACAAGCUUUGUUUUCAGUAAUUGUGCUUGUUAUUUUUGUCUUUUAAUUGUAUAUGAUUCAAAACUUCUUACAACACUUGCGAAUCACUAUGUAAACAGGAUAGCUAGAUGUAGGUUGUUCUAGCUCUGUUUUAAUUUAAAUGAAUAUCUUUAAUUUAAUUCUUAGGUUGAAUUCUUAUAAAUCAUGUAUCUCCUGAUAGCGUGCUACUUGGUUUUAGAAUUCUUUAAGCAGCGAUUGCAUCAACACUUAAAAGUUUAAAGAAUAUUUUUUUAAGAAUCUUAUUUGAGGAAUCAACUGUUGAAUUUAAACUCUGUGUGUGAACUUUUACAGUUGAAAUCUCUCUCACUGAGAGCACCUGUGCCAUUCUAUCACCAAUGCAAUGUUCAUUGUUUACGAGUAUUCUAUUUUUGAAUCAAUAUGAAAUUACAUAAUAGGGCAUCAAAAGAGAAAAGUUCUUGUUUGGAUCGUUAUAUGAUGAAAUAAAUGAAUUUCCUUCUGUACAUAAGUCUUUUCCUCUGUAUAUAUUGUAAAUAUGUAGAUUGUGCCAUUUAGUGUAAACUUUUCCCCCGUAUGAAUCUGCUCUUUGGAAAUGCAUAAUUUUCUUUCUGUCAUCUUGCCAAAUAUUUCUGUGUGGUUAAAUUAUACUCGGAACAUUUGCAUAACUAUACAUUUCUCUGAAUGUCCAUAAAAUGUUAUGUCUGUAUAGAACAAUGAAUCUCGUAGUGUUGAUUAUGAAAAAACACUUCUCAUUUUUAUUUAUUAUUUCUUAAAAAUAUUUAUGUCUCACAGUAUGAAUCUAAAUUGUUGAUAUUUUUUCGGUUGAGUGAAAUGGUAAAGCUUGCUCAUAGCCUUAAAGCAAUGUUCCACUGAUAAGAUGUAUUGCCUGUUUCAGUCACACAGAGUUCACUUGGGUUGAAGGACUCUUGUUUUGCACCCAAAGGCAAAAGUGCUUGAUGAAGCAGCAAGUAAAUGGCAACACUGUUGCUUAAA